CGGUGCCAUAAAUCCGAUUUUAAACCCUACUCUCGGCUAAGAGCAGAAGCUUCUAGCACUCUGCUUAACAUAAAUCCCGCUUAAACCCUACACUUCUCGACCCAAGACAAGAGCGGAAGCUUCUAGAGCUCGGAUUCACAUAAAUCCGACUUAAACCCUACCCUUCUUGGGUACUCCAAACAGAAGAGCAGGAGCGCCUAGCAUUCUGAUUGAGCUUUCAGUUUUUGUGCGAUCGCAUUCAGAAAUGGCGCUGAAGCGUUUGAUUCCAUCCUUCAAUCGCGUUUUGGUUCAGAAAAUCCUUCCUCCCUCCAAGACCCAGUCUGGAAUUUUACUCCCUGAGAAAACCCCCCAGCUGUUCUCUGGAAAAGUUGUAGCUGUCGGCCCUGGGAGUCGUGAUAGAGAUGGGAAGCUUAUUCCUGUGGCUGUAAAGGAAGGAGACACUGUUCUUUUACCAGAGUUUGGAGGCACUCAAGUGAAGCUUGGUGAGCAAGAGUAUCAUCUUUACAGGGAUGAAGAUAUUUUAGGAACUCUUCACGACUAAUGCAUUGCAUUCCUUCCAUUCAAUCAAAGAAUUGAAAAUGCCAUUGCUUUUGAAUGUAGUAGGAUCUUUAUUAUGACUGUAUUUCUGUUGUAUCAUGCAAUUUUAUGACUUUGAGGUUCUGGCAUCUGGAGGGAACUGUUUGCACGCAGAAUGUGUUAUAGUAUCUUCCUUUCCAUAAUCUAAGGUCCGAACAAUGCUUACA